AUGUAUACGGAGGAAUGGGUAGAGCGGCUGUAUCGCAAUUUUGCCCGUCAUCUGACUGUCCCCUUCGAGUUUAUCUGCUUCACUGAGAAGCGCCGUGAGUUCUCGGAGCCCAUUGAACAGCACCCUUUUAGCGUGGCCAAGCCCACCUAUGAACAUUGCCUUGAACCGUAUAAGCUAGGCCGUCCCAUGAUACUGGUUGGCCUUGAUACCAUAGUUGUCGAUAACAUUGAUCAUCUGGCCCGUUACUGCCUUGAGGGCGGUAAACUUGCGAUGCCUCGCGAUCCUUUCUUCCCUGAUCUGGUGUGCAACGGUGUGGGCCUUGUUCCUCGCAAUUGCCAUUGGGUCUAUGACGAGUGGUUAGAGCGUCGUGAUGAGUUCGAUGGCUAUGCCAAGGAUAUGAACUUUAUCCGGAGCCUGGCAAAGCGCGGCGACGUUGCCGUAUUAGACGAUUUGUUUCCGGGGGAAAUUGUGUCAUACAAGGGGCACGUAAAGCAUUACGGGCUGGAUGGUUCGCGCAUCGUCUACUUUCACGGCGAAGAAAAGGCGCAUCAGCUCGAUCAUGAAUGGAUCGAGAGGGAGUGGCGCUAG